AAUGUUAAGCCCAUGUCAGGGCGUCUGUCAUUUUUCUUUGAUGCACAGCACGGUAGCUUUCUCUCUUAGAGUUUGUUACAAAUUCAGGAGCAUAAAGCGUCUGCAGGAGGUUUCCCUCCUUGUGCAAAAAAUCAAUGCAACAAACUAUUUUCUCUCUUUCUCUAUCUCUCUCUCCUUCUCUCACUUUCUGCAGGCACUCACCCUCGAAGUGAGCCUAUUGCUUCUUUACUAAUCAGGCGUUCAACAGUACCGUGUUUGCGAUGGUAAUUUCCCGACCAUCGUGGUACCGGUACUUAGGCCUCAAGGUUGAUUAUUCCGUCUCUCUCGUCCGGAAGCACUAUAAAAGUGGUCAAAUGACAUUCGGAGAAGCAACUGAUGCUGCUUUGAAGAAUUUGUUUCUGGGAAAGUUGACGUACUUUUAUUGGAAUAGGGGAGAAGAAAUGGCUCCUACUAUAGGUGCUCGAAGAGGGACUCUUCUUGUCCGGAAAUUACCUGUGUCAGGCCCAACGUAUGUUUUCACCGGAGAUGUGGUGGUGUUGAGAGACCCCAUGAAAUCACAUAAUAAUUAUCUAGUCAGAAGAUUGGCUGGCAUUGGAGGGUAUGAAAUGGUCUCUAAAGAUGAAAAAGAGGUGCCCAUUGUUCUUGAAAAGAAUCAGUGCUGGGUGUUGUCUGAUAACGAAAACUUAAAGCCCAAGGAAGCAAAUGACAGCCGGAACUUUAGUCCAGUUCCCAUGACAAAUAUUGUUGGCAGAGUAAUCUAUUCUAUGCGAUCAGUUGGGGAUCAUGGCCCUGUGCAGAACAGUAAUUCCGGCAUGAAGGCGGAUUCAAAGGUGUUAGAAAUCGAAUUAGAUUUGGCUGAGAUGACAAAAAUUCACUUGGGCUAAACUGUUACAUAUGAAGGCAAGGACUUGGUCUGUAUCAGUAUUGGCAAGCUCGGAGUAAGGGUGCUGAGUUGAAGUCAACUAGUUCAUUUCACUUCGCUUGAAGGACGGGCUCCAGACGGGCCACUUAUCUUAGUUUAGGUCUAUUUAGCUGUUUACUUUAAUGGGCCAGCCCAGUAGC